AUGACCGGGUACCAGAAUCCAGUCUACCUUUCGGAUAUCGGGGCUACUAAUUUACAACCGUUGUUUAUAUCGUGUGCUGGGUUUCAAGCCAUCUUUUUUGUUGGAACAUUAUUGAUGGGGAUGUAUUUGAGAAAAGUUUCCAAAAUCCAACCAUACAUUUCACACCAUCAACCGAGACUAGCUAUCGCCAGUAUAAUAUGCUCGAUAAUUGGCCAAUUGGGGAUCCUUUUUGUUUCAAUUUUCAACACCAAGAAUUAUCAUCAUGUGCACAUGGCCAUGGUUGGCAUAUUUAUUGCAUUUAUUUUCUUAGCAUGCUGUUGCGACUUUGGAAUUACAUACAUCUUUGGAACAAGACCUUUUGAUUUGGAUCCGGUGCACAGAUCUACCGUUUUUGGGAAAGCAAAACGCGCUAAUUUGUACUAUGUCAGUUUUUUUGCGAAAAUCAUUUGGAUAUGUGCCGCAAUCUGUUUUGCAGCCGCAUUUGGCCAUUACAUGAAAGUAGGUAGAGAUUCGAAAUCGGCUGUUUUUGAAUGGUUGAUAUUGUUUUGGUACGGAUUGCUUUUAGUACUAUGGUCAAUGGAUAUGAUACCCAGUGCAGUUAGAAAAUACCGAUCAAAACAUCCAGAAAUUUAUCAAACAAAUCAAUUGGACUAUGAAAAGCAAUAUGGUAGCAAAUGGGAAGACUUUUCGCAAGCACAGUAUGUAUCAGAUGGUGCUGAUCAAAAUACCUUUGUACAUUCCCCCGUCUUACAAAACCAACAACAACUUGCCCAGGGGCAAAUUCAAGUCAAUUCACCAGUACCAUAUGAAGAUAAUAACUAUAAUCAUAUGAUCUCACUGGAGACAAACUACCGACAACCUUUGGAACCUGUAGCUAGAUAUUAA